UACAGCAAUGUAAAUGUUUCCAAGCACAAUAUAAUAAUGAAUGAAUUGUCUUUCAAAGAAGACAAGGAUAAUGUAAAUGUGUUAAGAGUUAUGUAUGACAAAAUGAAAAUCCCAACUUCUAAGAAGAAUACAGUGAAUACAAAAAGUGCUCAGCCGGGCUGCUCUGGAAAAGGUCUUGUGGCAGAACAGAAAAGCUGUUUUCUCUUUAGGACUCAGGUUACCUUUGAUGGCCAGCCUUACCCCCUUGAGACUAUAAGUACUCCAUUUGUGGUGGUKAGCAAGCCUGAUUACCAAAGAGAAGCAGUAGAAGCAACAGUCUUUUGGGACAGUGCCUUUGGUGAAAAGGAAAGAAAACCAUUUGUUGUUCCUGAAAAUGUACCUUUGGACACAUUUUUGGUUGCUCUUAAUUACAGAUGGAAAAUGAGCAAUGACAUAGAACUAAAGGAUAAACACUUACAUCACUUGGCAAGAAAGCUAAUUCCAGAAUAUGACCCAAAUAAAAGGAAUGAAUACUACGUUUCUAAAGCAGUGUUUCACAACUCCGUUAAGUAUGAAUAUUCCUCUUUCUCUUUCUCGGAAUGGUUUUUUCAAAUCMUAAAGUUUGUCCAUGAUUUCAUGAAAGAAGAAUGGAAAAAUGGUCAUAUAGAGGGAUUCAUUGACAGAGCAGCUGCUGAGCAGCUCUUGGCAUACGAAUCCAUCGGGACAUUUCUACUCAGAUUUAGCGAUACUAGCCUACCUAGCACKCAGGGCGGUAUUUCUGUGGCCUACAAAGAAAAUACGUCAGAAUGCGAUUCUAAGCCGCCAUGGACAAGGUUCGAUCUUGAAAAAAAUACUCUUUCGCAAAAAAUAAGAGUGGAUCCUGAGUUUAAAUUUCUUUACGACCCUCAUCAUUCACUCCCAAAAGAAGAGGUUUUUAUCCAACCUCGAGAAGCAAGGAAAACCCACCCAGGAUACCCUAAAAAGAAGAAAAAGCUAGUGGAGAACCAUGAGAAUCUUCAGUUUAGUCCGUUGUCGGAAGAUUCAGGAUUUUCUCCGAUGGAAUUCGAAAGUUCUGACAACCUGUCUAUUGCAUCGUCUAAUCGAAGCCAGGAACAAAGCCCCAUCGCAGGACUCAGUCAGGUCAGUGAGACAUUAUUUGGGGAGUCUCCAUUUGACGAAGAUCCAUUGUUGAGUCAAUGCAAUGUACAAUGUAUGCUGGAUAACAAGCUCAACAGAGAAAAUGUUCAGUGGUCUGCUAUGUUGCUUCAAUGACUACGACCCAUACGCCUACAUGCAACAGGUCAUAAGACAUGGGCGGCGCGCAUUAGAUAGGACCAAAUCUAUUUUAUAUCAUAGCAUAUUGUACGCAUCUAUGGACGGCCGUCAAAUGCCGGAAAACCAGGCAUGGAUAAUCGUCCAGAAAAUUCUAACUGAGAAGAAGCCCAUUUCAUAACGUCGAGAACCACGUCACCUAUUCUUAGACAGUAAUCAACAGUUCUUGCCAUGUUAAAAAAUCGCGGUAGUUUUUUAGAYGUGAAACCCAAGAAAUUUGAAAUGCUCUUACAUUGUAAAAAUUUAUAUGGACGGUAGUAAAAUAGGCUUGUUAAUUAGCAUGUAAAUUUCUAAUGGUUUUAUAAAUGUAAAAUYUAACUUAUGUCGCACAAAGG